CACAUGACCCCCCCAGCCGCUUCCUCUUUCUCCUCGAUUGCCUCCAGCAGGAACGGAAUCUGCCCUGCAUCAUCCUGACCGUAGAGCAGCUCAUCCAGCAGCACAGAGCAGAGAUGAUGGCACUCAUCCACCGGCUCAUGGACUGGUUCAGGUCGCUCUUCUGGAAGGAGGAGAUGGAGCUGACGCUGGUGGGACUGCAGUACUCUGGAAAAACCACUUUUGUCAACGUUAUCGCUUCUGGUCAGUUCAACGAAGACAUGAUCCCUACGGUCGGCUUCAACAUGAGGAAAGUCACCAAAGGCAACGUAACCAUAAAGAUUUGGGAUAUAGGCGGGCAGCCGCGGUUCAGGAGCAUGUGGGAACGAUACUGUCGGGGCGUCAACGCCAUUGUGUACAUGGUGGAUGCUGCUGAUAGUGAAAAGGUGGAAGCCUCCAGAAACGAGCUACACAACUUGUUAGACAAACCACAACUGCAAGGCAUUCCUGUACUUGUCCUUGGCAACAAAAGAGACAUCCCUAUUGCACUAGACGAGAAACAACUCAUCGAAAAGAUGAACCUGUCUGCGAUUCAAGACCGAGAGAUCUGCUGCUACUCCAUUUCAUGCAAAGAGAAAGACAAUAUAGAUAUCACAUUGCAGUGGUUGAUCCAGCAUUCAAAAUCUCGGAGAAGUUGAGAUCAAUCCUACCCAUAACCCCAGCUCCUCAUCAGAGCGACGCAUCUGUCUAUCCAGUAGCAUUCAUUCUCUAUUACACAGACUGUCAGUAACACAUCCUCACCCGUGGGCCUCUGUCUCCACUCAACUCAUGAUGUGCUACCAUUCGGCCUGUUUUGUUGGCUGAGUGGAUUUUACUUUACUUUGACCUAAUCUUCUUUUGACCAUUGACAAAGCAAUAUAGCUUAUAUCUGCUUUGGAAUUGGCCCCCUUUCCCUGUGAAAUAAGUUUAGACAGCUGCUUGUAUUAUUUUGUAUAAUUUAUUGCGCGAAAUAAUUUUUACUCCCUCUAGUGAAGUCAAAGGGUGGUUCGAACGGACAUUUUAGAAGCUAGUAUUGUGCAUUUAGAGCUUCAGUGCAUUUUUAAUGUACACUACCAUUCAAAAGUUUGGGGUCAGUAAGAAUUUUAAGGAAUUAAUCAUUUUACUCAGCAAGGACACUUUAAAUUGAUCAAAUCUACAGUAUGUUGCGGAAUAUUUCGGUUUCAAAUUAAUGCUGUUCUUUUGAACUUUCUAU